CUGCGCAUUUCCAUCUCUUGUCGAAGAUGCGUCACGCCACAGACUACCAAAGUCCCGCACGGCUUAAUUACAAGCCUCCAAAACUCGACAAGCUGAUAUGCCAUGACUGAUAUGACCAUGACAGCCCCGAUGGGUUGGUGGGGCUUGGUUGUCCUUGUCAAGCCCAUUCGACGGCUUGGAUUUAGCGCGGACAUCAAGGUACUUGCAAUUUUUAGCCCUCUUCAAGCCUUGUCAAGUCGACUCAAGCCUCUUCCUUUCCGCCAUCAGGGUGCUUCCAUCACCUCGAGCGACGUGAUAAAUAGCCCGUCAAAGCCUGCCCACGUUCCGAACCACGCACCCGCCCACCCGGAUCGACUGCCUCACGCGUUGCUGUCCAUUUCUAGUCUUACCUGGCUCACAAACGUCGAUACCAAACCCUCGGUUCUCUGUUUCGCACCCGCGCAAACUCAUUUGUUCAGCAGCCCUUUAUUGGCUCAACACGCGCCGACAAUGGAGACGGCCGCACUGCAAGUGGCGCGUCUUGUGCUGCGCCAGGAUCCCCCAUCUCCUGAGACAACGCCCAAUGAACCUGUACGGUGCAGUUCCGAAAACGACUAUGACGGCCGCAUGGGAAUCCGGAUAUCUUCCAUCUUUGUCAUCCUUGUGGGUUCCAUGUUCGGCGCCAUAUUUCCAGUGUUUGCCAAGCGAAUGCAGUCACGGCUGGUACCGAACUGGGUCUUCUUCGUUGCAAAGUACUUUGGAUCAGGUGUCAUCGUGGCCACAGCUUUCAUCCAUCUUCUUGCACCCGCUCAUGAAGCAUUGACAAAUGAGUGUCUAACGGGCGUUAUUGUCGCAUACCCUUGGGUCGAAGGCAUCGUAUUGAUGACCAUCUUUGCCAUGUUCUUCCUCGAGCUAAUGACCAUGCGCUACGCCACUUUCGGUGGUGGCCACGGCCACUCUCACUCGCAUUCACACGAGGCAGACCACUCUCACACGGUAGUCCCGUCAGCAGCUAAUAGUGCCGAUAUCAGCCUAGGGGAUCACAAGAGCAGCCCACAGGACGUGGAAGCAACCCCCAGCGGUAACAAUCCUCACCUGCGCGGCGAAGACCACCUCGGCCACCAGCGAGACCACGUCGCUAACUCCGAACUGAGUGCAGACUGGGAGGCCCACGGCGUGGUUCCCGAGACUUACGCUGCGCAGCUGACUGCUGUCUUCAUUCUCGAGUUUGGCGUCAUAUUCCACUCCAUUUUCAUCGGCCUGACGCUGGCCGUCGCUGGCGAUGAGUUCAUCACCCUUUACAUCGUGCUCGUUUUUCAUCAGACAUUCGAGGGUCUCGGUCUCGGUGCCCGACUUGCAGAAGUUCCCUGGCCCAAGGUCAAGCGCUGGACACCCUACUUGCUCGCUCUGGGGUUUGGCAUCUCCACGCCAAUUGCCAUCGCCAUUGGACUGGGCGUACGAGAGACUUUUGUGCCGGGGUCGCGGACUACGCUCCUCGUCAACGGCGUCUUCGAUUCCAUUAGUGCGGGCAUCCUCAUCUACACGGGCCUGGUCGAACUUAUGGCGCACGAGUUCAUGUUCAGUCCGUACAUGCAGAAGGGGCCUGUGAGUAGAACACUCAAGGCCUUUGCGCUGAUGAUUAUGGGUGCUGGCUUGAUGGCCCUAUUAGGUUACUGGGCUUGAGCCAAUUUAUUCGCACCUCAUCUUGUUUCGCUCCGCUGAUAUUAGACGCUUGUAGAUACUUGACCUUGAAAUUUGGCAAAUGACGGGCAUGAAUUGUAGAUCGCUAGCCUUGUUACGAUACCCCUAGAAGGCGGGUUGGUUUUUUUGACAGGACGAUUCUUUUUGUUUGAACGCAUAAUGAGCAUAACUCUGGCGAAGCAAUGAUUUGCAUGACUGGAAUGGGAUCCUUCUGCAUUACUAUGUGCCACUCACUCGUGCUUAGACAAGGUCGU